UUCCAUCUCUCGUUGGAUUUCUCCUUUUGGGUGCCUUGCUUGUGUCCUCAACAGCUCAGAAUAUGACCCCGGGCAUGGAAGCUGGAGAGUUUUUGGGGUUGUCUGAAGUGAUGGGUGCUCUUCUGGACAACCCCAACUGGACUCAAAUGCAUCCGCAUCCAUGCACCCACACCCCAUGGCCUGGUAUUCAGUGUGAUGUUAUUCAUCAUGGACAUGAUAGCCUACCGAUUCUCCAUGUUACCAAGCUCCAUAUUGGUCCAGAUGUGGCCAACCCACCAGUUUGCAAAACCACUGCGUAUUUGUCUGCUUCAUUGCUCAAGUUGCCUCACCUUAAUUCUCUCUCUAUCGUAGGCUGUUUCCGUAUGUCGAGGGUCUUCCUUCCGGCACCCAUCUUUGGUUCCUUCUCUUCCUUAGAACAACUUGUCGUCAAAUCCAAUCCUGGCUUAUACGGAGAAAUCCCUCUCACUUUGGCAGACACUACUACCCUAAGAGUUCUCAGCCUGUCACAGAACAGCCUGCAUGGACAAGUCCCCAAAGGGCUUGGUAGGUUGAGAAAGCUGGAGCAGUUGGACUUGAGCUACAACAAUCUAACCGGUAAGAUCCCUCAAGAGAUUGGUGGGCUCAAGAGUUUGACAAUCCUUGACAUGAGCUACAAUGGUCUUCAAGGGCGCUUGCCUUAUUCUCUAGGGCAGCUUCAGACCCUACAGAAAAUAGACUUGAGCCAUAACAGGCUUGUUGGAAGAAUACCUAGUGUUAUAGGGAGGUUGAAGCAAUUGGUUUUUUUGGAUUUGAGCCACAAUAACCUGACGGGGCCAAUACCUGACACCCUCUCUGGCUUGAAGCGUUUAGAGUACUUGUUGGUGGAAAACAACCCUCUAAACACAAAACUGCCUUGGUUUAUGGGGACACUUGUCAAUCUGACUGUUCUGAGUCUCUCCACGUGUGGACUCGUGGGAACAAUACCACCAUCUUUUUGUUGGUUGGAUCAGCUCAUUGUUCUUUAUCUGGACAGAAACAAUCUUCAUGGAACGGUUCCUCCAAAAUUAGGGGCGCUUCCUAACCUUUGUCAGCUAAAUUUGAGUCAAAAUCAGCUGAGUGGUGAGUUGUACUUUUCAUCUGAUUUCGUCCAACUACUCGGCAAAAAAUUAGAUGCGAGUGGUAACGAUGGGUUGUGCACAGGCCACCAGUUCAAGGAACAAGUUUCCCAGUAUUUAGGCAUUCCUCCUUGUGCGGAUCAAACUGCCAAAUCCAGUAACACUUCUGACCAUGAAAAUUCAAACCCAUACUGGACUGACGCCUCAAAUGCAAUUAUUAAGAAACCAAUGCUUCUUUAUCUUAUAUGGUGUAAUCUAAUUGCGUUUCUUUGAAUUUUUAGCCUAAGAUAUGUCUUCGUCAUCUUCUCAUAACCAAAUUAGUUCUGAUCCAUGGCUUAGAAUUUCAACUUGCCCAGUUUGUAUAACACAGUGCUUUCUAAUGU